GCCUCCGGAAAAGGUCACAAACUGCACGGUGUACAACGUGACUUCCCACGCUGCAGAGGUUACCUGUUUACCUGGGUUUACAGGAGGAAUUACUCCACGCUACCUACACCAGAUACGGCUGGCGUCCUCUGGAGAAGUGAUCUUCAACAAGACGUCGGAAUCGGCGUCGUUCAGUGUACGUUCCCUGCACCAGGACCGACGGUACGUGGUGACGGUCACCGCUUACAACGCCCGUGGCAAGUCACGACCGCACCGUCUUCACCUCCAAACACUCAGGGAACUGGAGAUGCACAGGAGUCUACCUUCAAGGCCUGAACCGCAGCCGCUAAUGUGGGUGAUGGGCGUGGUUGCGGGCGUGGUGGUGGCAGUCAUGGGCGUGGUUGUAGGCAUGUGGUGGGUUAGAGGGCGACGCAGCUCUCACACACUACGGAACAGAGAAGACGGACUUCUGAAACUCAACAAACCUGACAUUACGGGUGUGGGUGCUGGAGACGGGAUGGACGGUAUGUGUGUGAAUGGUGUGGUUCAACAUACCAUUUACGACUCUACCGGCAGGUACAGAGGUUUCGCCCACCUACAGCAGAAGGACACGUAUCAGAGCAGCUGCAUGACGACCACUCCACCUGAGUCUUCUGCAGCAGCUGCUGCUAAAUCCGAUCCUGCAGGGGCCCAGUACAGGUUUUCCCUCACUAGGAAAGGCCGCCCUCCUGCUGCUGCUCCGGCAGUAGACACGCCUAUGAAAGGGGGCAGAGAAACCAUUAAUGACAAGAGAAGAGGAACGAGAGGUAGUGAAGGAGGGGGAGGAGGAGGAGAAGAAGGAACAGAGGGAGAGAAGAAUAUAGAAACACCCUGGAGGAGGGUUAUCAGUCAGCUAACUAGCCCACACGAGUCCAAGUUGUUUGAGGUGUGGAAAGUAGCAUCGAGACAGACCCGUCAGGAAGUGGCAGAAAGUGUCUUAUAAGUUAUAAU